AUGUGGACAACCACAAGUGGUUUGACCGGUCGGUCGCUCCGGGUGAGCAUCACCAUCACCGCUGUCGUGGGAUUUUCCCUCUUCGGUUACAACCAGGGUAUGAUGGCUGGCCUGCUGAACGGCGAUGAAUUCGUUCGCUCCUUCCCAAUUCUUGCAAUGCCCGAUAAUCCGUCCGCGGGCCAAAAGCACUACAUCGACGUUAUCCGUGGUGCCGUCACAUCAUGCUAUGAGCUUGGCUGCUUCUUCGGCGCGUUGUUCUCCAUGUUCUUCGGUGAGAGACUCGGCCGUACUCGCGUGAUCUUCAUGGGUGCCAACGUCUUGACUAUUGGUGCGUUGAUCACCACCGUCUGCUUUACUGGUAAAUGGGAAGUCGGCCAGUUCGUCAUCGGCCGUGUUGUAUCUGGUAUUGGAAACGGCAUGAACACGGCUACAAUCCCGGUCUGGCAAUCGGAAUGCUCCGGCGCUCACAACCGUGGGUUCCUGGUCUGUUUCGAAGGUGCGAUGAUCGCUGGUGGCACUUUUAUUGCCUACUGGUUGGUCUUUGGUAUGUCGCACGCUGCCGAUACCGUUCAGUGGCGUUUCCCCAUUGCCUUCCAGAUCUUCUUCGCUCUUAUCGUGGCCACGGGUGCUUUGUUGCUACCGGACUCCCCGUCGUGGUUUGUCAAGCGCGGACUUGACAACGAAGCCUGCGCAGUUCUCGCCAAGAUCAAGGGCUCUACUCCCGAUUCCGACGAAGUGCUUACCGACUUUAACUUCCUGAGAGCGGACGUCGAAAACUCGAAGCGCUCACAGGCAAGCUGGAAAACCGUUUUCACUUUCGGCAAGACUCAGGAAUUCCAGCGUCUUCUUAUUGGUUGUUCCGGUCAAUUCUUCCAGCAGUUCACCGGUUGCAACGCUGCUAUCUACUACUCUACGCUACUUUUCCAGGAAAACCUAGGAAUGGCCAAAUACCUAUCGCUCAUCAUGGGUGGUGUAUUCGCUUCUGUCUACGCCCUUGCAACCAUCCCAUCUUUCUUCAUGAUUGAACGGGUUGGCCGUCGCAACCUAUACUUGAUUGGUUUCCUUGGCCAGGGUCUCAGUUUCGUUAUCACAUUUGCUUGCUUGAUCAAGGAGACCGAGGAGAACUCCAAGGGUGCUGCUGUCGGUAUCUUCCUCUUCAUCACCUUCUUCGCAUUCACACUCCUGCCAUUGCCCUGGAUCUACCCCCCUGAGAUCAACCCUCUCCGUACCCGUACUAUCGGCGCGGCGGCAUCGACCUGCACCAACUGGAUCUGCAACUUUGCUGUUGUCAUGUUCACGCCACUGUUCUCUGGACAGAGCCCUUGGGGUGUUUACCUGUUCUUCGCACUGUUCAACUUCAUCGGUUUGAUCUUCGGCUUCUUCUUCUAUGUUGAGACAGCCGGCCGUGAACUUGAAGAGGUCGACAUCAUCUACGCCAAGGCUCAUGUCGAUGGAAAGAUGGCCUGGAGGGUCGCCAAGGAGAUGCCCAAGCUCACCUUCGAACAAAUCGCUCAACAGUCACGCGAUCUGGGCCUGGAUACCAGUGACCAAGGCGCAGCUGAGAAGAACGAGCUCGGUAUGAGCAGCAGUGACAAUGGUGACAACGGCCAGGAGAUCGAGGAGACCCGUUACAAGGAGUAA